UAUUCAAAAUGGCUCCGCCUGGUCGGAUAAACCAUGCAAGACAUUUGUCAGAAGCUGAGGAAGAAGCUGAAAAUUAUUUAGAACAUUUCUAUAACAAAAGUGAACCCAACAAAAGAAGAGUUAGCUUUGUACAACGAGGCGCCAUGAACCAGGCACAAUUCGAUGAAAAAUUCGACUACAACAAACCUCAUUUGGAGAAUGAGUUGAAAAAACAAGCAAAAAAAUUUGUGAGGAGAUUCUACGAACCCUUCACUUCAUUUUUUGCCCUGAAACUUUUUAUUUUCGACCUGAUCCCAAUAUUGAAAUGGUUCCCAGAAUACAAAUGGAAAACUGAUUUGAGUUUGGAUAUAAUUGGAGGAAUUACGGUUGGAGUAAUGCAGGUACCACAAGGAAUUGCAUACGCUCUUCUUGCCAAACAACCAGCUAUCAAUGGAUUGUACACAUCUCUUUUUCCACCUUUGAUCUAUAUGUUGUUUGGAACUUCCAGGCAUGCCAGUUUAGGAACGUUUGCGGUUGUGUCACUCAUGACAGGGCUUUCCGUUGAGAAAUUGGCUGCUCCAACAGAUUAUGAUCCUUCGUCUUUUAAUGAAACGGAUAUUGAUUUGGUUAAACUUCCGUCACCAACGGAAGUAUCAUGUGCUAUUACGAUUACAAUGGGAUUGAUAUUGUUCGUUAUGGGAGUUCUCCGUCUCCAAUUUCUAACCACUUACCUUUCGGAUCAAGUAAUUGCUGGUUUUACUGUUGGAUCUUCUGUUCAUGUUCUUGUAUCUCAAUUGAAAACUCUGCUUGGAAUUCGUGGAUUGCCACGUCACAGUGGACCAUUUUAUCUUUUCCGCCAUCUUUAUGAUCUGGUAAUGUCAAUUACCCGUGCAAAUCCAGUGAGCUGUGGGAUUUCCAUUGUUUCAAUUAUUGUUCUGCAUUUUGGAAAAGAAUUCAUCAAUCCAUUUAUCAAGAGGAAAACUAAAUCAAAUAUUCCAAUUCCGUGGGAGCUGGUUAUUGUAAUUCUGUCAACAGUUUUUGUGGCUGUAACAGGAGUUGACACAGAAGCAAAAGUUCAAGUUGUAAACAAAAUUCCUGUUGGUGUCCCUAAUUUUUCACUUCCAUCAUUCUAUCUUAUUCCUCAAGUUCUACCAGAUGCCAUCAGUAUAACUGUUGUUAGUAUUUCUGUUUGGUUAUCAAUUAGCAAAAUGCUCGCAAAAAGGUACAACUAUGAACUCGAUUCUGGUCAGGAACUGUUUGCCCUAUCAUUUGCCAGCAUUUCUUCUAGCUUCAUCCCAUCUAUUCCAAAUUCGUGUUCUUUGAGUAGAACACUUGUCGCUGUUGGAGCUGGUUGCACUACACAGCUUUCAAUAUUCUUUUCUUCCUUAAUUGUUUUCUCAGUUGUCAUUUUCCUUGGGACGUUACUUGAAACACUGCCAAUGGCAGCUCUUUCAGCGAUUAUUUGUGUUGCUUUGCAAGGUAUGUUCAGAAAGUUUGCAGACUUGAUCGAUUUAUGGAAGGUGUCUAAAAUUGAUUUUACAAUUUGGGUAGUGUCCUGUGUCUCUACAAUUCUUUUGGAUGUCUCCACGGGAUUAAUAAUAUCUGUCUGUUUUGCAUUGUUCACAACUAUUCUUCGAGAACAAUAUCCAAAAUGGCAUCUUCUUGCAUCAGUUAAAGGAACACAAGACUUCCGUGAUGCAGAAAGAUACGGAGAAACUGUUUAUUUCAAAGGAAUUUGCAUUUUCCGAUUUGAUGCUCCAUUACUCUUCCAUAAUGUUGAAUGUUUCAAAAAAUCAAUCGAAAAGGCAUACACUGAAUGGCAAAAAUCGCAUGAAUUCUAUGUACUUCGUGAGGAACGAGAAACUAUUUUAAAUACAAAAUUAGAUGGAUCUGAUGAAUCGAUUGAUGGAAAAAUGUUUCAAACAGCUCAAUCGACUUUAAACACUCAUUCUCCUGAUAUUUUAUCUCGACAUUUUGUAAUCGAUUGUUCAGGUUUUACGUUCAUUGAUUUAAUGGGUGUUAGUGCACUAAAAGAGAUUUUCUCCGAUAUGAGAAAACGUGGAAUUCUAGUGUACUUUGCAAAUGCAAAAGCUCCAGUCAGAGAGAUGUUUGAGAAAUGUCACUUUUUCAAUUUUGUUUCAAAGGAAAAUUUCUACCCAACAAUGCGUGAUGCAACAAGUAUUGCCAGACAACGACAGCUAGAACUUGGGUUCAAAGAUACUGGAUAUGUACCAGAACACGAUCGAUUGACAGAAGUACUCAGCUCACAUCCAAUGUAAACAUGUCUCGAGAGGACAUCAAAAGAAAAUCAACGAGUUUUAAAUAAAUUCCCUGUGAAAAACAAAUGACAACAAUUUGCAUUGAAUUGGGUUAAUUUUAAAAUAAAUGUUUUGAACGACACUUUCU